CACACCGUUUGACUGAGGCACAGGUAAUGCACAGUGAACCGAGCAGGAUGGAAGGUGUCCCACUGAAGAUGCCCCAGGCUGUUACCUUACAAAAAGUCAAAGAUGAUGUCAAAGUGACUAUACCUGAUUACCUCACCAUAUUGCGGGAAACGGAGCAUGAGUUCAGCUUGGAGAACUGGGUGUUAACUGGGCUACAGAACGGCCCCACCAACCAUCAGCGGCCACAGCCAUUCACCUUUUCAUCAGAACUUUUACCAUCUUGUCCUCCAUAUUGGAUGAUCUUCAGCAGCCCACAGCAGAGUCGUCUGGCAAGCCGCCACAAUUCCGAUUUUUGGGAACCAAACCCUCGACAACGCUCCCACAGCCUCAACCCUGCUGUCCUUCGCACCCCUUUCACCAUCUUAGACUCAGAGCAAGAAGGAGAGAAUACUAUGAAGGAAGCCAAGAAAAAGCAGACAGCAAAAGCUUUCUUUAAGGAAGCGUGUCCAAAUGUUUUAUGUCAGAGUGGUCAAAGAAAAGCACAGAGAGCCUUCACCCCAGACUUGCUGAAUCCUCCAUCCUGUCUUAGCAGCCUGCCACACAAACGCAGGAAGAACCUGCGGCAGUGUUCUGUCACGGUGAUGGACACAUCCAGAAAACAAGAAUCCAACACAGACAGUCGGCCUUUGAGCACAUCCUCAAACAAAGCUCCCAACACCAGGGCCAAUAUCGACAAAGCCACGGACAACCAUAAAACAGCAGAUAUAAUGUCUCUCAGACCAAACUUAUGUAGAACUUACCACAAUGCCUCGCCAUAUGGGUGUUUUAACUCAGCUUUGGACUCAUCUGUGGAACUCCUGUCAGCUCUGAGCUCAGAGGAGAGGGAUCUGGUUGGGGUCAUCACUGCCCAGGGCUACCCCCUUCGCACUGCUAUUAUUGCCCUGCAGAGGGCAGGACAACAGACCCCGGAUCAGGUCUUCAGUUACCUAGUAGCAUGUGAGCACCUGUGUCAGCUGGGCUAUGACAUGGUUCAGGUGGAAGAAGCCCUGGAGAUGUUUCAAAACUGUGAAACAAAGGCUGAGGAAUUCCUACACCUUUUGAGUCAGUUCAAUGAGAUGGGCUUCCAACCAAACACCAUAAAAGAAGUGCUGCUUGUCCAUGAAAAUCACAGAGAGCGGGCGCUUGAGGAGCUGAUGAUGCGUGUAGCCUGACAAUGUAGCAGCACACACUAUACUCUCAAUGCUAAGGUACAAGUUCAGCUUGGUAAUUAAACCGACCACCAGAGACACCCACACACCAGUUGUGGUUAAGAAUGACUGUCAUGAAUGGUCAUGAUAAAAAGAAAAUAUAAACACCAUCAGUUGAAAGGUUAUAGCAUAACAUAACCUAAUAAAUCUAGUUUAUGCCAGCUACUAAAAUUAUUAUUUUAGAUUAUUUAUUAUUAUUAUUAUGACCAUGGUAUAGUGACAUUUUGAGAGAUUUUCUUCUUCAAGACCCUAUUAAAGGUGUACAAAGAGAAAGCACUGCUUGAGUAUGCUAUAUUUGUUCAGUCUUUUUCAAAUUUUUUUUGUCAUAAUCUGUAUUAUUUACCAUACUGUAUGAGGCAUGAAGUCUAAGAGCUCUUGGUUUUUGUGCAGUUUCUCUGACAGUUGAACGAUUGCUGAUGUUUUUUCUGCUUGGCAUAGCAAGAACACACCUGUAUGCUAAAACAGCAAACUUCCACAAAUUCUGCUUUUAUAGAGGUGGCUACACACAGGUGGCAGCUAUCAUCCCUCUUACAACCCAAAAUCUCCAAGAUUUUUCCACAUAAAACCUUUUCAUUUUUGCUUCUUUUUUUUAAUGAAUGACAGCAUAGAAUCUGUUUUACGUUUUUGUACACUUGAGAUUAGAUCCGAAUAAUUUAAACCUCAUUGAUACCAGAUUACUUGUCAUAUGAUCUCAAAUGUAAAAUCAUAAAAUUGAAAAAAGGUGUACUUUAUUUUCAUCAAGACUAUCUGUGUUUGAAGAGGGUGUGCUCACAGUGACACUUCUGUAUGUAUAAAUUUUCAUUGCUCCAAAUGCUUUCUGGUUUUAAAUCUUUCACUUUAUUUUAGUCCAGUAUCACAGCAAAAAUAUGUUCCGUUAUAAAAAAAACUCAAUAUACCGAUUGAAUUCAAAGAUGUCUUCCUUUUUUCCUUCAUGCUUUUAUACUAAAUAAAUACAUAGAGAAAUAAAGUUGUGACAGUACAUUUGUUUAACAGACAAGAAAUGCCUCAUUUGGUCAGACAAUUGGCUGGAUGCAGCAACACAAGAAUGUCUAUGGGUCAUCGCUUAUGAAUGUAAAAUGCAAAUGCAAAAAACCUAAUGGGAUCAGUAUAACCAGCAAGAUUAUAAUAUUGUGAUGUGAAAACUAAAACUAUCAAAGGGGUUGUCAAUAUUACUUGUACUUGUACUCGUCUCCUUCUGCUUAUCCGGGACUGGGUUGCAGGGGCAGCAGUCUCAGCAGUCUCGGCAGAGAUGCCCAGACUUCCCUCUCCCCAGACACCUUUUCCAGCUCCUCUGAAGGAAGCCCCGGGUGUUCCCAGGCCAACCGAGAGACUUAGUCCCUCCAGCUUGUCCUGGGCCGUUCCCUGGACCUCCUCCCUGUGUGAUAUGGCUAGAACACCUCCUGAGGAAGGCAUCCAGGGAGCAUCUGGAACACAUCCAUCUCACCUGACUCCUCUCACUGUGGAGGAGCAGCUCUUCUCCAAGCUUCUCCUAGAUAGCCGAGCUCCUCACCCUAUCUCUAAGAAAGUGCUCCGCGGAGGAAGCUCAUUUCAGCUGCUUGUAUCUGAGAUCUUGUUCUUUUGGUCAUGACCCAAAGUUCAUGCCCAUAGGUGAGGGUAGGAAUUUAGACAGGCUGGUAAUUGGGAGCUUCACGUUUUGGCUCAACUCUCUCUUUACCCCUAAAAAAAUGCUCCAGGCUCUGUAUCCCUGGAACGCUCCCCCACAGGGCACCAUGAGGGACACAGUUGAAUGCCUUCUCCAGGUCCACAAAGCA